GUCCAGCGGUGCCCCUCGGCGGGAGGCGGACGACUUCCGGCAAUAAUUGGACGCUGCAGCUUGGUGCGGUUAGUGGCUGUCUCGUCUGGAAGGGACCCGCAGGAGAACUAUGCCAUUUCUGGGUCAGGACUGGAGAUCUCCUGGGUGGAGCUGGAUUAAAACUGAGGAUGGAUGGAAAAGGUGUGACUCCUGUAGCCAAGAGCUCAGAGGUGAAAACAGCCAGUGUACCAUCAAUCACAGCAUUAUCUUAAAUAGUGGCGAAGAAGAAAUAUUCAAUAAUGAGUGUGAAUAUGCAGCCAAAAAGAGGAAGAAGGAACAUUUUGGGAAUGACACGGCUGCUCACAGUUUUUAUCGUGAAAAAUGGAUCUAUGUCCAUAAAGAAAGCACAAAAGAAAGGCAUGGCUACUGCACCCUGGGAGAAGCCUUCAACCGGCUAGACUUCUCAAGUGCAAUUCAGGAUAUCAGAAGGUUCACGUACGUGGUCAAACUGCUGCAGCUAAUUGCGAAGUCCCAGUUAACCUCUCUGAGUGGAGUGGCACAGAAGAACUACUUCAACAUUUUGGAUAAAAUCGUCCAAAAGGUUCUUGAUGACCACCAGAAUCCUCGCCUGAUCAAAGACCUUCUCCAAGACCUGAGCUCCACUCUUUGUAUUCUCGUCAGAGGGGUGGGGAAGUCUGUGUUAGUGGGAAACAUCAACAUCUGGAUUUGCCGCUUAGAAACUGUUCUCAACUGGCAACAGCAGCUGCAGAAUCUGCAGAUGACUAAGCAGGUAAACACUGGCCUCACACUCAGUGACCUGCCCUUGCACAUGCUGAACAACAUCCUGUACCGUUUCUCAGAUGGCUGGGACAUUGUCACCCUGGGCCAGGUGACUCCAACCCUGUACAUGCUCAGUGAAGAUCGGCGGCUGUGGAAGAAACUGUGUCAGUACCACUUCGCUGAGAAGCAGUUUUGUAGACAUUUGAUCCUUUCAGAAAAAGGUCAUAUCGAAUGGAAGUUGAUGUAUUUUACGCUUCAGAAAUAUUACCCGACUAAAGAGCAGUAUGGAGACACUUUACAUUUCUGUCGGCACUGCAGCAUUCUCUUCUGGAAGGACUACCACCUUGCUUGGUUGUUGAAGGACUCAGGACACCCCUGCACCGCGGCUGACCCCGACAGCUGCUUUACACCUGUGUCCCCCGAGCACUUCAUUGACCUCUUCAAGUUCUAAUGACGCCCUCAGCCCUGUGCCCCUGUCCAUACUUGUCCCUUGUGCAUUCCGUGUGUCCCGUAGUUGGUGUAAGUAUUCCUCUACGUGAGGUGAUGACAGGGUUGGUGACUGGCUGCACCUGUGCAGCCUCACUUCCGGAAGAACCUGACAGAACAUGGAAGGUGCUCUGGCUGUUGUGCAACAUCAGUGAGAGAGAGGAGACCCUGAAGUCAUUUGUACUUCUUUCUUGAAACUCUUCUCAGCUUAUAAAAUUUGCAGUUUUGUACAUUUUUAAAUAUGGAUCAAAAAAGUUUUGGAUUUUCAGCCCCACAUUUUGUGCUGAACUGACAUGAGCAAGCAAGAAUAUGCUUUGUAGUUGUCAAAUGAUAGUUUUCCAGCUUAGAGUAAUUGGGAUGAAGAACAAAACAGUUGAUCCUUGUAAAUACAUUAUGCAGAAUAUUUAUUUUUCUUAAAAUGUAUUUUCACAACCCCAGUGGCUGUGCCCAGAUGAGUCCUCAUUGAAUACAAGAUAACCCAGGGACAUGUUUGGUGUGCGCUGUCCCGCUACAGAGGGUUGGGCUGGGAACUGUAUGUACUGUCCAUAGCUAGCAGCACUGUCUCUGUGUUCAUGGGAACCCCUGCCAUGAGGCCAUCAUACAUCCAUACUUGUAUACAUCCAUGCCAGAACAGAGCCCCACCAGGGAGCUGGAAACAGCCUAGGGAGGCCUAACUGACAACGUGUAGAACUUACUUUCCUGGGUAAAGCAAUGAACCACUUUAUCUACUGAUUCAGUGUCAUCAAAUUUACAUCUAACUGAAUGGUGUCGUCUUUAAAAUAUGAUGUUUUAUUUUAAAAAUAAUGCAUGUGCACUUUAGAAAUUUUUGAAAAUAAAGAUACAUGAAAGUAAGUUACAUAA